AUGUUACCCCAGGAGUAUGCGAACCAAGAAUCUGCCAAUUCAGAUCCUCGUGACCUCAGUCUUUUUGUACACGAAGCUGUUACGGACCUAUCUCCAGGCAGCUAUGGCCUUGUCGUUUUACCGCCUCGGGACACAAGUGGUCUUCCUACCUCGAAUCGGCUUAGGCGUAGGAAUAAAGCGUCGGACGAUUCGUCUGGCCGGCUCAUUUGGGUGCAGCCCGAUGGACUUUACUCGGCUCACAUAUCGAAGUCGACAUCAGCCUCACCGGCGAGAGGACAACUACUUCCAUCUGCCUCUUCCUAUUCCAUCGGUCAAACAAAUCGAUUAGCCGGGCUUAUGUCUGUUUCUCGAUUCGCCGUUUCAACACUGGGACACCCUUGCUCAGGGCCUGGGCAUGCCGGAUGUUCACAUUUUUGUCUCACUCUUCCCGAGAGUGGACUCACUCCGGGUCCGCUUGAAACUAGAGGAGGGCAAGAAGAGAUUGAAGAAGCAUCUUUUAGAAGAUCAUGGUCCUCUGGCUUUCGCUGUUCUUGUCCAAAGCAUUUUAAGCUACUCAGCCGUGAGCUGGUUACUAGCCUGCAUGGCUGGCCGCCUCAGGAGAUGGGCAGACUGGAUAAAAAGGACUCAGAAUUUAAAGGCUUCAGUUUACCAGAAGGGAUUGACAAGAAUUGUGUUGCCGUACGUCAAUGUAUAGCUCCAGAUCUACUCUGCCGCUUUGAUGCAACUAGCUUGGCACUACGUGCGAAUAGGUAUGUUAACUGUCUCUUCAGUAUCAAUCUUUAUUACUUCGUUUUCCGAGUUACCCAUGUGCUAUGCUAA